CCUGUUCCCCACCUGCUGCCCUGGGAUGGAGAGGCUUUUUGCAGCUGUUUCUAACAGCCGGCCUCUUCCUCUACCUACAACGAAUGCUUUGUCCACCUCUGCCUUUCCCACAAGCAGCCUCUGCCUUAUUCUACAGGAUCCAGAGCAUUGCCCACUGACGGUUUUUGCCUAAGCCUGAAACACCCAGAACCAGAGAGCAACCAGAACAGAAGGGCCUGCCAGAGGAACAUUCCAGGUUCUUAAGCGCCAGGUCUUGCUGGCCCUGUGGUCAGCCCAGGAGGCCCCUAGUGGGAUUCGAGGACUGGCUCCUUAUCGGACCAUGUCGGGUCAGGGCCUGCCCCUUCGCGUGGCCACGCUGUUGACAGGGCUGCUGGAAUGCCUUGGCUUCGCGGGCGUCCUCUUCGGCUGGGCGUCGCUGGUGUUUGUCUUCAAAACUGAGCAUUACUUUGAAGAGUUAUGUGACCUGAAUGUGGGGCCAUUGGGCAAUGCCACCGGACAGGCAGACUGUAAAGCUCAGGACGAGAGGUUCUCACUCAUCUUUACCCUGGCGUCCUUCAUGAACAACUUCAUGACCUUUCCCACCGGCUACGUCUUUGACCGUUUCAAGACCACUGUGGCCCGCCUCGUAGCCAUAGUUCUCUACACCAGUGCCACGCUCACCAUUGCCUUCACCUCUGCAGACUCAGCCAUGCUGCUCUUCCUGGCCAUGCCCAUGCUCACCGUCGGAGGAAUCCUGUUUCUGAUCACCAACCUGCAGAUUGGGAACCUGUUUGGCCAGCACCGCUCGACCAUCAUCACCCUCUACAAUGGAGCAUUUGACUCUUCUUCGGCUGUCUUCCUGAUCAUUAAGCUCCUUUAUGAACAAGGCAUCAGCCUCAGGGCCUCCUUCAGCUUCCUCUCUGUCUGCAGUGCCUGGCAUGUUGGGCGUACUUUCCUCCUGAUGCCCCGGGGACACAUCCCCUAUCCACUGCCUGCCAAGUACAGCUAUGGCCUGUGCUCUGGAAAUGGCACCAGACAGGAAAGCAGGGAAGUAACUGAGGCGGGAGCACUGGAGCUACAGUCGAAGGAAGAGACCCUGGGACCAGAGCAGGAGCAGAAAGCCCGCUCUUUCUGGAGCUACGCUUUCUCUCGGCGCUUUGCCUGGCACCUGGUGUGGCUGUCUGUGAUACAGCUGUGGCACUUUCUCUUCAUCGGCACCCUUAACUCCCGGCUGACCAACUUGGCCAGGGGGGAUAUGGUGCUAGUCAGCACCUACACAAAUGCCUUUGCCAUCACUCAGUUCUCCGGAGUUCUGUGUGCCCCCUGGAAUGGCCUACUCAUGGACCGCCUUAAACACAAGUAUCAGAAGAAAGCGAGAAGGACUGGGUCCUCGGUCUCGGCAGCGGUCCUGUGCUCCAUGGUGCCCUCGCUGGCCCUGACAUCUCUGCUGUGCUUGGGCUUCUCUGUCUGUGCCUCCAUCCCCGUCCUCUCCCUCCAGUACGUCACCUUCAUCCUGCAGGUGAUCAGCCGCUCCUUCCUGUACGGGGGCAAUGCUGCCUUCCUCACCUUCGCUUUCCCUUCGAAGCACUUCGGGAAGUUGUUUGGACUAGUGAUGGCCUUGUCAGCCAUGGUGUCUCUGCUCCAGUUUCCCCUCUUCAUCCUCAUCAAAGGCCCCCUCCAGAAUAACCGGUUCUAUGUGAACUUGUCGCUGGUGCUGGGCACUCUUCUGACGCUCGUCCACCCCUUCCUGGUGUACCGGGACUGCCAGAGGAAGGAAGGCCCUGUUGUGACCACCUAGUUCAGAAGCCCUUGCUUUUUCAGCCCAGAGGAGGCUUUCUGCUAAUCUUUCUCAGCCUUUGAGGAUCCCAUGUCCAAAAAAGACUUUGCCCACCCAGGCUACGCGUACUAUGUAUCCAUUGCUUUUUCUUAAAAGAAAACGGAC